AUGGACAUGGCCAGGACUGUAGAGUCCGACCUCGGCGGGUUCAUGCGGAGCGUCGGGAAGAUCGCCCUGCUCCGGCGAGCGGUGGGUAGCUGGGGGAAGACCAAGUUAUCGGAAUAUUCGGACGGAGGCUCUGUUCUCUCUCGAACGGCGACGCCGACCCACGUCGGCGAUGGCGAUGAUGACGACGACGAGAAGCUCCGCCGCAGAGAGGCUAUGGAGACGCUGAUCUCCGAGCUCUUCGCCAGCAUCGCCGCCAUCAAGGCCGAGUACGCCCAGUUGCAGGUCGCCCAGUCGCCGUACGACCCGGAGACCAUCCAGUCCUCCGACCGCUUGGUGGUCUCCCAGCUGAAGCACCUGUCGCUGCUCAAGCAGGCCUACCUCAAGAGGCUGCCGAUCAACGGUAGCGGCGGCGGCGGCAGCAGCGGGAGUAGGCUGGCGGCGGAGUUGCAGGAGCAGAGGAACCUCCUCAGGACCUUCGAGAUCACCUCCAAGAAGCUGGAAUCCGACCUCGAGAGAAAGGACUCCCAGAUUCUGCUCCUCAAGAACCAGGUCUCUGAAACGGAGGCGAUUUGCCGGUGGAUGGAGGAGAACAUCGGCCCCAACAUAAAGCGGCCCUCGGAGAAGAAGUUGGAUGGUCACUUCCGCCUCUCCUCCGUCGAUCCUGCUCUCUUCCUCGCCGUGCUCCGCCGCGCUGUGAAGUCGAUCCGCUCCUUCGUCAAGCUUAUGGUGAAGGAAAUGGAGGCCGCCCGGUGGAAUCUGACGGCCGCAGCAGGCUCCAUCGCGCCGGACGUUCUUCGGGGGAGACCGGAGGAUCGAUCUUUCGCCUUCGAAUCGUACGUCUGCCGGAUAAUCUUCUCCGGUUUCCACCUCCGGGAUUUCGAGCUCGGCCACGGCGGGGCCGCCGGCCGGCCGCCGUCCUCGUUCCUGGAUGAGUUUCUGGACCUGAAGGACGCCGAUCUCGGGGAGAUCCUCCGCCGCCCAUCGCCGUUGUCGGAAUUCUGCCGGGUUAAGUACCUCGCUCUGGUGCACCCCGCGAUGGAGGCCUCCUUCGGAGGGCAAACCCAGAGGGACCUCCUCAGCUCCAGCGGCGGCGGGAGCUUCCCGGUGACGACCCAGUUCUUGGUCCAGUUCGCGGAGAUGGCGAGGAGGGUGUGGCUGCUCCAUCGGCUCUUCUUCUCCUUCGAGCCGGCGGCGGAGGCGAGCAUCUUCCAGGCGGGGAGGGGCUGCCGAUUCUCGGAGCUCUUCAUGGAGAGCGUCGUCGACGAGGCCGGCGCCGCCGCCGUGGGCUUCACGGUGGUGCCGGGUUUCCGGGUGGGGAGGACGAUAAUACAGUGCAAGGUCUACCCCGCCAGGGCGGCGGAGGGGCGUUGA